CUGAUGGAUUCAACCACAGCGACGGCGGAGCUCGGCUGGAUCGUGCAUCCUCCAUCAGGGUGGGAAGAGGUGAGCGGCUACGAUGAGAACAUGAACACGAUCCGCACCUACCAGGUCUGCAAUGUGUUUGAAUCGAGCCAGAACAACUGGCUACGGACCAAGUUCAUCCGGCGCCGCGGCGCCCACCGCAUCCACGUGGAGAUGAAGUUCUCGGUGCGGGACUGCAGCAGCAUCCCCAGUGUGCCCGGCUCCUGCAAGGAGACCUUCAACCUCUAUUACUACGAGGCCGACUUCGACUCGGCCACCAAGACCUUCCCCAACUGGAUGGAGAAUCCGUGGGUGAAGGUGGACACCAUCGCGGCCGACGAGAGCUUCUCGCAGGUGGACCUGGGUGGCCGCGUCAUGAAGAUCAACACCGAGGUGAGGAGCUUCGGGCCCGUGUCCCGCAGCGGCUUCUACCUGGCCUUCCAGGACUAUGGCGGCUGCAUGUCCCUCAUCGCCGUGCGUGUCUUCUACCGCAAGUGCCCCCGCGUCAUCCAGAACGGCGCCGUCUUCCAGGAGACGCUGUCAGGGGCCGAGAGCACCUCGCUGGUGGCCGCCCGGGGCAGCUGCAUCGCCAAUGCCGAGGAGGUGGACGUGCCCAUCAAGCUCUACUGUAACGGGGACGGCGAGUGGCUGGUGCCCAUCGGGCGCUGCAUGUGCAAAGCGGGCUUCGAGGCCGUGGAGAACGGCACCGUCUGCCGAGGUUGCCCAUCUGGAACCUUCAAGGCCAACCAAGGGGACGAGGCCUGCACCCACUGUCCCAUCAACAGCCGGACCACUUCGGAAGGGGCCACCAACUGUGUCUGCCGCAACGGCUACUACCGAGCAGACCUGGACCCGCUGGACAUGCCCUGCACAACCAUCCCCUCUGCACCCCAGGCCGUGAUCUCCAGCGUCAACGAGACCUCACUGAUGCUGGAAUGGACCCCGCCCCGCGACUCGGGAGGCCGAGAGGAUCUCGUCUAUAACAUCAUCUGCAAGAGCUGUGGCUCCGGCCGGGGCGCCUGCACCCGCUGUGGGGACAACGUGCAGUACGCACCCCGCCAGCUGGGCCUGACGGAGCCCCGCAUCUACAUCAGCGACCUGCUGGCCCACACCCAGUACACCUUCGAGAUCCAGGCCGUGAAUGGCGUCACCGACCAGAGCCCCUUCUCACCUCAGUUCGCCUCCGUGAACAUCACCACCAACCAAGCAGCUCCAUCGGCUGUGUCCAUCAUGCACCAGGUGAGCCGCACCGUGGACAGCAUCACCCUGUCGUGGUCCCAGCCGGACCAGCCCAACGGCGUCAUCCUGGACUAUGAGCUGCAGUACUAUGAGAAGGAGCUCAGUGAGUACAACGCCACGGCCAUAAAAAGCCCCACCAACACAGUCACUGUGCAGGGCCUCAAAGCCGGCGCCAUCUAUGUCUUCCAGGUGCGGGCACGCACCGUGGCGGGCUAUGGGCGCUACAGUGGCAAGAUGUACUUCCAGACCAUGACAGAAGCCGAGUACCAGACAAGCAUCCAGGAGAAGCUGCCACUCAUCGUCGGCUCCUCGGCGGCUGCCCUGGUCUUCCUCAUCGCCGUGGUUGUCAUCGCCAUCGUGUGCAACAGACGGGGGUUUGAGCGUGCUGACUCGGAGUACACGGACAAGCUGCAGCACUACACCAGUGGCCACAUGACCCCAGGCAUGAAGAUCUACAUCGACCCAUUCACCUAUGAGGACCCCAAUGAGGCAGUGCGGGAGUUUGCCAAGGAAAUUGACAUCUCCUGUGUCAAAAUUGAGCAGGUGAUCGGAGCAGGGGAGUUUGGUGAGGUGUGCAGUGGCCACCUGAAACUGCCAGGCAAGAGAGAGAUCUUUGUAGCCAUCAAGACGCUCAAGUCGGGCUAUACGGAGAAGCAGCGCCGGGACUUCCUGAGCGAGGCCUCCAUCAUGGGCCAGUUCGACCACCCCAACGUCAUUCACCUGGAGGGUGUUGUCACCAAGAGCACGCCCGUGAUGAUCAUCACUGAGUUCAUGGAGAAUGGCUCCCUGGACUCCUUCCUCCGGCAAAACGAUGGGCAGUUCACAGUCAUCCAGCUGGUGGGCAUGCUGCGGGGCAUCGCGGCCGGCAUGAAGUACCUGGCGGACAUGAACUACGUCCACCGCGACCUCGCCGCCCGCAACAUCCUCGUCAACAGCAACCUGGUCUGCAAGGUGUCUGACUUUGGCCUCUCACGCUUUCUGGAGGAUGAUACCUCAGACCCCACCUACACCAGCGCCCUGGGUGGGAAGAUCCCCAUCCGCUGGACAGCCCCAGAAGCCAUCCAGUACCGGAAGUUCACCUCAGCCAGCGACGUGUGGAGCUAUGGUAUCGUCAUGUGGGAGGUGAUGUCGUACGGGGAGCGGCCCUACUGGGACAUGACCAACCAGGACGUAAUCAAUGCCAUAGAGCAGGACUAUCGGCUGCCACCGCCCAUGGACUGCCCAAGCGCCCUGCACCAGCUCAUGCUGGACUGCUGGCAGAAGGACCGCAACCACCGGCCCAAGUUUGGUCAGAUUGUCAACACGCUGGACAAGAUGAUCCGCAACCCCAACAGCCUCAAAGCCAUGGCGCCCCUCUCUUCUGGAAUCAACCUGCCACUGCUGGACCGCACGGUCCCCGACUACACCAGCUUUAACACAGUGGACGAGUGGCUAGAGGCCAUCAAGAUGGGGCAGUACAAGGAGAGCUUCGCCAAUGCCGGCUUCACCUCCUUCGAUGUCGUGUCACAGAUGAUGAUGGAGGACAUUCUCCGGGUCGGGGUCACCUUGGCUGGCCACCAGAAAAAAAUCCUGAACAGUAUCCAGGUGAUGCGGGCACAGAUGAACCAGAUCCAGUCUGUGGAGGUUUGACAUUGACCUGCCUCGGCUCACCUCCUCCUCCAGGCCCCGCCCCCUCCACCCCACAUGCCGGCCUCCCUGGUUCUCUGUCUACCGAAGGGUCAGCCACCUGCCAGGAGGCCACGGCAACAGGAAGAACCAAGCAGCCGGCCAGCCACGAGACGUCGCCAAGAACACGUGCCACUCAGAUGAUGGGGGAAAAGGGAACGGGGACAAAAGGAAAUCCAUCCUGGGAGGGGGCGGGAAAUACAAGGAAUCUUUUUUA